AAUAAAUCCCGACUGCAAGCUCCUUAAGCAUGCUAGCUCAAUUAUUUAUCUCAGGCUAUUUAUUAGUUUUUCGAUAGUUUUAGGUUCGUUUACUCAAAAUGCUUCUAUUGUUGUAACUCUCUUACAGGUUGGGCACCUGUUAUCGACAAGCGAGCGUGAAAAUCAUGGACAUACACGUGAAGACUCGGGCGUUACUGGUCGUUCUUCUUCAAAUUAUGUUGCAGGCGUUUAUUGUCACAUCAACCAAAGCGAAGAUCCCGACUACGAAUUUGGCGGUGCGCGUUUGGGCUAACGAGGGACGGCGUCAGGGUGAGCCAGAUGGCUCGCAAAACUGUGGCACCGAGGAUGUUUCGCUUCACCGAAUUUUGGAACAGGUACUAGAUGCGGAACGAGAGCAAAAUGAAAAUAUCUUCCCUGGAGCGGAGAAGCGGCGGAGACGGUUGCGGGCGGCGAAUAAAUCAAGUACACCCGCCAAGAAAUCCAUUUCGCUUGCGCUGUACCUAGAGGGGUCUACUUCAUCAUCUGCUGUUCCUCAUGCUCGAACUGCGCAGGAGAGCGCGGAUGAAUCAGCACUAGUUACAUCAACCUCGGCGUGGUGCGGAGGCGUGCGGGAAGCGGUUUUGGCAGAUCUGCUGUCCUAUCAAAUGUAAAAAUGUCUGGGUCUGGAAGAUUCUGAGACUUGUCAUGCAUGUUUUGCAUUGGCCAUGAUGUCUGUGAUGCAUGCCCUAGGAACACAGAUUUUUUGAAGGCUCCGCGAUGCCUAUUCCGCAUGACAAAUGCCCUCUCCGCGUAGCAAAAAUUGCAUUCCCUUUGCUGCUCAUGCAAUACAGAUUUUUUUGGAAUCUAAAUACAGCGUCACAAGUUGCACCCUUCCAGACCCAGACAUUUUUACAUUUGAUAUGUCCUCCGGCUUUGCUCGGAACAGGGUACGCUCAACCUCGGCGUGUGGAGGCGUGCGGGCCGCGGUUUUGGCAGAUCUCCUGUCCUCCGCCUUUGCUCGGAUAUCAACUGCAAAAAUGUCUGGGUCUGGAAACUUGUGAUGCUGGCUGGCGUCUCAUGAUGAGGCCACAAAUGCUGGCUUAGCAUGACAAGUUUCUGAGCUUCUAGGUGUUGCCUAUUCUGCAUGACAAACUGCGUUUCUGCAUCACAGAAAAACACCAGGGAUCUUGGAUCACGUGCAUUACAGAUUUAAGACUCAUGCCAGACAAGCAUGACAAACAUGCGUUCUUCCAGACCCAGACAUUUCUACAUUUGAUAUCGGAACAGGGUGCGCGAUUUACAGAUCUUCGAGGGCGGCCAACGAGAUUGUAAUUGUUCUUUUACUGGCAAAGAUCAGGAGGUUGUUUCUUGUCAAGAAGAACAGAAGACUUGUGCUUUUGUCCCACUGCUUCGAUCCGCCGCGGGCGUUUCUGUGAGCGAGCAAAAGGAGAAGAAAGGCUCUGCUGCAAGAAACGCCCAAAUAAAAAGUUCUGCAGAUUGGAUUAGAAGCUCCGCGCACGAGACCACCAGGACCUCCAGGACCUCCAGGACUAGUCCUAGUCCCGCGAUGUCACCCCGACCUGUCGAUCUUCUGUGCCAGUUGCAGUGGCCGAACCUCCAAAGCAGCAGUUUGAACCGGAAAAAUGAGGAUUUCUGCCUGCAGCGGACGAGCAUCCCCCGCCAGCGGUUUGUCCUGGGCGGCAUUUCAGAACCGGGGUCCGUGUACCGGUUUUUUUCCCACGGCGCCUACUGGAACGUCCGGGAGAAUCGGGCGCAGUUUUGCAGCGCGUCCCUCUACAACGGGUAUAUACAGCACCUCGACCGAGUAGAAAAUGAAUCCAUCGCGCGAAAUGGGCCAGAGCUUGGUCUGGGAGACGUUGAGGAAAGGACAAAAAACAAGCUGCACAACUACAACUCUUUCGAAACUCCGAUCACCGCUGGCACAUCAUCAAGUCGGUUGUUGCCUGUCUUUUUGCAGGUUUGGGGGCAUGGGAUUCUGAACAAGCUGUCGAAGCAAAAAGUGGUACAGAGUGACACGCUGCACUACUGGGAAUACGAAUUCGGCAACAAGGCGGAUUUCGACCGCCUGGCGGAUCUGUUCGACGAGGAAGGUACUUCGUUGUACGACCUGCCUGAUAGUGCAGCUCCUGCUGAAGGUGGAAAAGGAAUGUUUACAGAGUCCAGACACGACGAGAUCGAGAUCUACAAGAGUUCCUCAUCUACUACUUCCCUCACGGUCCUGAUUGCGGGUUGCUCGGAGGGGGACCUGCUGGAUUUCUUCGCGGAGAAGGCGAAGAAGAGAGACAAAAAUACCGACGAGCAUCGAAACGAGAAAAAAAUGCCAUCUACUUCAAAAAUCCACGGCUUCGAAGUCCUCGCCUCGACGUACGCACGGCUGCAGGAGAAAUACCGGAACUCUCCCUACGUCGCCGUGCACCACUAUGAAAGCCUGAGGUUGGAAAUCCUCAAAGUGAAAAUGAUUUGUAAUGCAAAAAAACGACUCCAGUUGGAGCACCAUUUAUAGUCGGCGCAUGACAAAUUUCCCGGGCACUCAAAACGUGUCUGUCAUGGUAGUUAGGCAAAGGGGUGCCCUUCUCUCAUGCUAAUCAGCAGCCCAAUUCUGAACCUGUAGAAGCACAAUAGUCGGCCUCCAUUGCGUUCUCUGCAAUGCCGUCUUUUUGGUGUCGCAUUUCAUGCAUCACAAAUUAUUUACACCUUGAGGAUUUCCAUUCUGAGGGUGUCAUAACCACCUCGGUUGGGGGGAAGCCAGCUCCACGGGGAAGGAGGUCGCAGGGUACGGCGAGUUGUCGGGGUUGUACGCCAGCGACGGGCAGUUCGUCAACGGGCUGUACACGACCACGACAGAAAAUAAAACAGUGCAACAAGCGAAAGAGAAGAAGGCGAAGAGGAACCAGGACCACUUCUCCGUCAAGAACGUGGUCAACGUGGUGGCGCUCGCGGAUUGGUGGGCGGAGCAGCUCCAGUCGAGGGAGCGGGCUGACAAGCGCAGGAUCGAGGUACAACUGGAUCCGCAAGUGACCUACGUGGUGAUUGACGUGGAGGGCUACGAGCCGAAGGUGCUGCGCGGGAUUAUGCCGCUCUCAACUGUUACAUUCUCAACUGUUACAUGAAUUUGUGAUGCAAGAAUUGCAAAAGUGAAAGGGGUGGACUUGCGUGUCUUGCAUGACAGAUUUGGCACAGAUUCAUUCCCAGCCUGUUUGGCUCUUCGAGAAUUUGUCAUGCGAAGCAGCUUGAUCGUGUCGAUUCUCUCUGAUUGUAAAUCUGCAUGACAAACCAUGUAACAGCUGAGAAUGUAACAAUUGAGAAUCCCAUAGGGAUGAAACUCGAAUUGGCGGCGAACCAAGCGCGGUUUCCGCUUUUCCAGUUCGAACUGGGACCCUCCUGGGCCGCGCGGGAUGCGCGGCACGGCAACGAAACUUUGUGGACGCAGGAGUACGCGGCACGGAGGCUGCAGUCGUUUGGUUACGAACUUUAUCUCAUCGGGCUGACUGGGUAUUUGCAGGUGGACUCCUUCUUCUUCAACCCGGCGCACCGACACACAGCCGACGACGGCGGUGGGCCAUUCAUUUGGGGCAACUUGCUCUGCAUGCACAGCCAGUACACGAAAAAACACUUCCGCGACCGCAUCCACAUUUCCGCGCAGAAGACCGCGGACCGCAUAUUGGCGCUGCUGCGAUCUGGGUGGCGGAAUGUGACCGCUGCGGAGGAGCAGGACGAGCUGCAAAGGGAAUUAGCAUUGAUCAACAAUGCCGGAGCAGGUACAGGUUUCUCGCUCACUGCUGCAGCGAAAGCUGCUGCGCAGCGAAGUAGAGGAAACCACUCAGAUGUUGAUAGUGGCCUUUCUGCCUCCUGGUGGCUCGACGUCAAAAAGCGGGCCCAGCAAGGUGGGCUCAGCCGGAAGAUUUUGCAAGGCGUGAUUGAUGGAACGGCCUAUGGCGCGGAUUGAAAAACUCAU